AUGGAGGAAUCAUAUGAACAUAAGUAUCUAUAUGAUUGGCGUACAAAGAAGCCUACUAUAUUUAGGGCAACUGAACAAUGGUUUGCAUCAAUGGAAGGCUUUCAUCAGGCUGCUAUGGAUGCUAUUGGUCAUGUAAAAUGGAUUCCUGCUAAGAUGGAGGAUUUUAAGGAAAAGGAGAGGGAGCUUCGAACUAGUUCACUAACUAGAAAACAACCAAAUACUGGGUCAAAAGAAACCAGCUUAGAUGAAGUGCUAUGUAGGCACAAGGAGAGAAAACCUUUUGCCUAUGGACUUUGUAAUGAAUGUUAUGAAGAGUUCAUGAAGGUUUCAGGAGGGCUCAAUGAAGGAUCAGAUCCAUCUGCAUUCCAGAGUGCUGAGAAAGAGAGACUGGCAAAAUUAUCUAUUUAGGAAAAUGCUAAAGUAUGUUCUGUAAUCAUACUUUCUAAAGGUUUAAGGACAGUGAAAGGUUGAAAAUCCUAAUUGUAAUUGCUUGAUAUAUUUUACUUUGCGAAAGUCAUGUGGGCACUCAAGUUAUUCUCUCACAAUAUACUUCUCUCCCUUCCUAA